ACCGGCUGGUCAAAUUAUAACGGCCCCUUUAAUUAAUACUAAAUUACCCCAAAACCCACCAAUAAUAUCUUUUUCUCUUUCAACUUUCCCAAUCCACUGUCCAACUCUUCCAGUCCUCCCUCUUAUUAUUACCUCCGGCCGCCGCCUUUGAGCGGCGAACCCGUCUCCCCCGCCGUCGAGAACCCUAGCCACGCAAGCUCAUCAAACACACGCGCGCGCGCGCGCGCGCGUGCAAAACCGUAUGCUAUAUUGAAAAUCUGGAAUUCUUAAUGGCGGCUUGCGUCUUUCUCUCCCAAUUGUCCUCUCUCAGGUAGUAGCAGUGUAAUAGGGGAGAUGGAAGAGCCAGGGGAGCUGAAAAGGGCAUUCAUUCAUGCCACGGCCGGGGCAAUCUCUGGUGGUAUAUCAAGGACUGUGACCUCGCCGCUCGAUGUAAUUAAGAUUAGAUUUCAGGUUCAAUUGGAACCUACUGUUCAGUGGGCCCUGCUUCGGAAGGAUUUAUAUCAAUCAUCUAAGUACACUGGGAUGGUGCAAGCAGCCAAAGACAUCUUCAGAGAGGAAGGCUUGCCGGGUUUUUGGCGUGGUAAUGUUCCAGCCCUACUUAUGGUCAUGCCAUAUACUGCCAUACAGUUCACAGUGUUGCACAAAUUCAAAACCUUUGCUUCUGGAUCUUCAAAAUCAGAUGACCACAUUAAUUUGAGUCCAUAUCUUUCAUACAUCAGUGGGGCAUUAGCAGGCUGUGCAGCUACUGUUGGAUCAUAUCCAUUUGACUUACUAAGAACCAUUUUAGCUUCACAAGGGGAGCCAAAGAUUUACCCAAACAUGAGGGCUGCAUUUGUUGAUAUACUUAAAACUCGCGGUAUUCGAGGUCUGUAUUCUGGAUUGAGUCCUACUCUAGUAGAGAUUGUUCCUUACGCUGGUCUACAGUUUGGAACAUAUGAUACGUUCAAGCGCUGGGCAAUGGCUUGGAACCAUCGCAGGUCACCAAAUACAAGCUACAGCGAUGAUGGUCUUUCAAGCUUCCAGCUCUUUAUUUGUGGGUUAGCAUCUGGGACAUGUGCAAAAGCUGUUUGUCAUCCUCUUGAUGUAGUGAAGAAGAGGUUUCAGAUUGGAGGACUACAGAGGCAUGCAAGAUAUGGAGCUCGAGUUGAGCAUCACGCAUACAGAAACAUGUACGAUGCUCUUCGUCGCAUUCUAAUCCAGGAGGGAUGGGCUGGGCUUUACAAAGGCAUAGUUCCAUCAAUUGUUAAAGCUGCACCAGCGGGUGCCGUGACAUUUGUUGCCUAUGAAUUUACAUCAGAUUGGUUAGAAACGAUUUUGACAUGAGUUCAACUUGUUUAAUUUUUUCACAUUCCCCCCAUUUGCCAUCUGCAGAAAGGCAGGGGGAUCAGUUUAUAUUUUGAUAUGAAUUUUGUCAUUCUUUCUGGUUUCUGUAUCCUUGAUGGCCUGCCCCCAAUGAAGAAUAGGAGGGGGGGAUUGCUUGUCGAUUGGACCAAAAUUUAUAGUUGUAGGAAGAUAAUACAGAAUCAGCUUUCUAGGCUGUAUA